AUGGACUACUCAGAGCGUGUGAAUUCCAAGAAAGGUGCUGGAGGUGUCGCAGACGCAUCAGAAGCAAAUGUACAAACCAAGAGACGUAUCAAAGAGCUCUUGACCUCCCAAGUACUCGAUCUAGAUAACGACCCAUAUGUGUUUCGGAACCAUCUUGGAGUACUAGAAUGUCGCCUUUGCCUUACGACCCACACAAAUGAAGCGUCAUAUAUAUCCCAUCUCAGUGGCCGAAAACAUUCCCUCAACCUCGAGAAACGAAGGAUCCUCGAUGAGAAACAAAACCGCCAGAACAAGGAAGACCCCAACGUACCAUCCAUCAAUAAUAUCAAGAAGAGAUCAUGGCAUAGCAUAGGACAACCUGUCUUCAAAACGACGAAGAUUAGAGACCAGGAUUCUCUACAGAUGGGUAUUCUAGUUCAGGUGCAAUUACCACGCAUAACAGUCAAAGAACCGUUCUUCAGACUAAUGUCAAGCUAUGAGCUUUCCGAGAAGAACCAAAACAUAUCAAGAUCUUAUUUGAAGAAGAAUAAGACGGAUUACGAGGACGACGAAGACACGGAGCCGUCGAAGUGGCAGUAUCUUGUGAUCUCAGCGGAACCUUAUGACAACAUCGCCAUAACUCUUCCGGCACUGCAACAAAUCGAAAAGCCAACAGGAACAGAACAAAUGUCGAAGACAUACUGGUGGUUCUGGGACGAAGAUUCGAAAGAGUUCUUUCUACAGUUUCUCUUCAAGUCUGAGAGUGGUAAGAAGUCUCAAAGAUAA